AUGGAUGUAACAUCAGAAACAUUACAUUUUACCACACAUUACAGUGAAACUGUAGAAAAUCUUAACUUUAGUGACACACUCUAUAAUUUAAGUGAUACAGUGUGUACUGGUGAUGAUAAUAACCUGGAUACAUUAAUAAAUUCGCCAUAUUAUCAAGUUAUUGUUUAUAUUAUGUAUGGUGCAAUCUUUGUCAUUGCAUUAUGUGGAAAUGGCAUGGUCUGUUAUAUUGUACAAGCUACACCGCGUAUGCGUACAGUGACUAAUUACUUUAUUAUGAAUUUAGCGGUUGGUGAUAUUUUAAUGACUGUUUUUUGUGUACCGUUUACGUCAAGUGCAGUCAUGAUUUUACAGUAUUGGCCAUUUGGUCCUGUAAUGUGCUCAGUUGUGAAUUACAUGCAAGCUGUGUCAGUGUUAGUGAGUGCAUAUACAUUAGUGGCGAUUAGUUUUGAUCGGUACGUUGCAAUUAUGUGGCCGUUAAGACCGCGAUUAACAAAACGUUAUGCAUUGGUUGUAAUUGGUUGUGUGUGGUUAUUUGCCUUAAUUACUGCAUCGCCAAUAGCAAUUGUUUCAAAAUUGACGCAGCCAUCUGCAGAACACGUGCUUUGUGAUCAAUACAUGUGCAAUGAAAAAUGGCCUGAUGAAGUUUAUUACGGAUAUUAUAGUUUAAUAUUAAUGACAUUACAAUUUGUGUUACCAUUGUCUGUAUUAGUAUUCACAUACACACGUAUUGCAUUAGUUGUAUGGUGUAAACGUAUACCUGGCGAAGCUGAAAAUUCACGUGAUCAGCGUAUAGCACGGUCAAAGCGCAAGAUGAUAAAAAUGAUGGUAACUGUUGUCAUUGUAUUCAUAUGCUGUUGGUUACCAUUGAAUAUCACUGUUUUAAUGCUCACAUACAGUUCGCUAGCUGAAUGGACUGGUUUACCUAUCUGUUGGUUACUAUGUCAUUGGUUAGCAAUGUCACAUUCAUGCUACAAUCCAAUCAUCUACUGUUACAUGAAUGCAAGAUUUCGUAUUGGAUUUUUACAAGCCUUGGGCAAAAUUCCUUGUUUCCGAAAGUAUCUGCCACCGGAAGUACAACGUCCACGAUCUUCAAUGACGGGAUUUGCAUUAACUGGUAUUGACGCAACAGAAAAUUCGUUACUGCAACGUGUGAACACGUGUACAACAUAUGUUAGUAUGCGACAAAAAAUCCAAUCACAACCACCUCCACCUCUCUCAACAAAUCAUCAUCAUCAUCAUCACUGCACGUGUAGUAAUCAUAAUCAUACGAGUGGUGGUGCACGUCCAAUAUCGGCACCCCCUGCUACUGGUGUACAGUCACAAACAAGUAUACAUUGUUGUGAUACAACUGAUAAUAAUGGUGUGAGUGGGGGAGGUGGUUCUGGGGUACAUCAUCAUAGACUUCAUCAACAUCAUCAUCAUCAUCACAGUAAUUCACGUCAUGCACAUCAUUCAUGUUGCUGUCAACAUAAUGCAUCAUGUGAGCAUCGACCAUUACAACAACAGCAACAACGGUGUAGUGGUGGUAAUGGGAGUGGGAGCACUAGUAAUAAUGGACCCUUGCGAUCAAGAGAUGUAAGCCAAGAACUUCGCCGAAUUCAAAUUUUGUAUGAUGAUAUUUUCCAGUUUAUAACCCAUGGUCUAUCUCUAAUGUAGAAUGUUUUUGAAAUUAUAAAAUGACCUAAAAGACAUUAAAUAUCAAAAGUGAAAUAAAUUUGUCUAAUGUAAAUAAUUUUUAGAUAUAAGUAAUUAUAAAAAAUAAUUUGUAAGUAACAUAGGCCCGGUUACACCAUCAUUACCUACUAAACUUUACCUUUAACAAUUAAUUAACUCUUGAUAUGUAAAGUAUCUCCUAGAAGUCCCUAGUCAUUUUAAGUGAUCUUCUAUCACUAGCCAGGAACGGAAACACAUUGACCUUCAACUAACCUUGAAGCUCAAAGUCCCACCCGAGAUGUUUAUAAGAUGGCCUCUUCUAAAACGAAUAUUUUUGCUUGCAACUUUUUAUAACUGAUUUAUCUUAGAGGAAGUAUUUCCUUAAAAGUCUAAGGACUUCUGAUACAGCACUUAUAAAAUAUUCUUGAAAAAUCGAAC